GUUUACUAGCGGUCCUCGAGUCGAAUCCUCCGCCGCGGCCGGCACACGGAAACGUACGCGGUCGCCGAAAGGGAAACAUCAGAGAGAAAGAAGGAAAAAAAAAAUAACGGAGCCCACGCGAGUCGCGAAGCGAUGACGUGAAGCGGCUGCGGCGACACGGAGGAGAACAAAACCGCGAGUCGAGAGGAACGGACGCAUUUUCGCUCGUUUUUCCGCGCCGAGUCUAAUCCGCUUCAACUGCAGGAUCCGACGGCACACGUAGAACGAGAUUUUAAUAUGCGCUUGUGAGAAGCUUCGCCGAGGGAAGCUGCGAACAGACACGUCGGUUGAGAGGGCAGAGGAUCCGAAGGACGGGAAGUUAGAGGCCAGGGCGGAGGACGGGACGGCGAAGGAGACGCGAGGAUGAGAUACAAGGUAAACGACCCGGAGGAUAAUGAGAGGGACACGGUGGAGAACGCGAAAGGAAACUCGGACGUCUCGUGGAAUUACAACCAGCGAGAUGAGAAGAAAUCGAGCGGGAAGGAGAUGCGACUCGUAAUCGUCGUCGGAUUAUUAGCGGUGACCGUUAUCGCUCUUAUUGUAGCACUGACUUUGCAGAUGGCGAUCUUUCGCAAAGAGGAGUACAAGGAGAUGUGCCAGAGCGAGGAAUGCAUUAAAACAGCGGCGCGAGUGAUAGGCGCGAUGAACAGAUCCGUGGAUCCCUGCGAGGAUUUCUACAACUUCGCCUGCGGCGGCUGGAUCAACAAGCAUCCGAUUCCUCAAAGUCAGAGCUUCUGGGAUCAGCUGAGCUUGCUCAGGGAGGAACUUCUGCAGAAUUUAAGGAUUUUGCUCGAGGAGCCGGAUAAGGAGACCGAUCUUAAGCCGGUGAAGCUGGCGAGAGCUCUUUACAGGACCUGCAUGGAUGUCGCGAGUGUCGAGGCUAUGGGAUUGGAACCCAUCUUCGAGAUACUCGAUAGUCUAGGUUUGCCAAAGGACGCGCCGAUGCAGGGCAAAAUACCCUCUCUCGACAUAUCGAGGAUAGCUGGAAUAGGGCAGCGCAGGCUAAGUUUGAACCUCUUCACCAAUUUCUACAUCAGCGAGGAUGUUAAGGAUACCACGAGGAAUCGGAUGGUGCUGGAGCAAGUAUCCCCCGGAUUUAGUGAGCGUUACUUAUUGGACCCGCGACGUUUUCAAUCGGAACUAAUGGAGUAUAAAAAGUACAUAAAAUCUAUGCUCGAACUAGCGGGGGCCGGUAAUAUGAGUGCGAAUUACGCUAACGAGAUUUUAGAGUUCAGCACAAAACUUGCCAAGAUCAUGGCGACGAACGAGGAGCGGCGCAGUUCGGAUCAUCUCCUUCACGAAGUGACGAUCGACGACCUGCAACAGCUCACCGAUCUACACGCGCAGCAGUGGAACUGGACGCGAUACAUAGAGGCCGUGUUCGAGAACACGAACGUCACGAUAAAUCCGGCCGUGGAUCGAGUUAUCGUCGUGGACCUGCAGUAUUUGCAGAAAUUGCCGCUGCUGCUGUCCGUCACUCCGCCCGCCACGAUAGUGCGAUACGUCUGGUGGAGCGUGUACACGUUCGUUGCCCCCAUGACGCUGCAAAAGUUCCGCGACCUCGGCUUCCAGUUUCUGCAGAGCGUCUUCGGGCUGAAGGAGAAGACGCCGCGCUGGAAGGAGUGCACCGGGAACGCCAACGUAAACUUCGGCAUGGCCCUGAGCUACAUCUACGCGCAGAGACAUUUCAGCGAGCAGUCACGAGAAAAGGCGUUGGAGAUGCUGCUGGAUAUCAGAGCGGCCUUCGACGAAAUGGUCACGGAGCUGGACUGGAUGGAUGCCGGGACGAGGGCACGAGCCCACAGCAAAUUGCACGCGAUGAGACCGUUCGUAGGAUUUCCCGACUGGAUCACGAAUCCAGAGGAACUGAACAAGUUUUACGACGGAGCGGAGGUGAUCGAUGGGAAGCUGUUCGCGACUUUACUGAAGCUAACUGACGUGGCGUUGAAAAAGAGCUUCAACAAUUUGCGCGAGAAGCCCGACAGGAGCAGAUGGAUAUCGACGGGCACGACAGUAAACGCGUUUUACAGCGCGAUAUUAAACUCAGUCACUUUUCCAGCUGGUAUCCUGCAUCCCCCGUUCUACGGCAACGGAUUGGAGUCCAUCAAUUACGGCGCUAUGGGAGCGAUUAUGGGCCACGAGCUUACGCAUGGUUUCGACGAUCAAGGUCGCCGGUACGACGAGAACGGUAAUUUACGGCAGUGGUGGAGCGACGAGACGUUACGACACUAUCACGAGAAAGUGCAGUGUAUGAUCGAGCAGUAUAGCAGUUAUCAUUUGCCGGAGCUGGGCGAUAAUUUCACGGUGAACGGCAUCAAUACGCAGGGUGAAAACAUUGCCGACAACGGCGGCAUCAGGGAGGCUUACAGGGCGUAUCAGCGGCUGAUUGCGCGCAGUCCGUAUCAGCAGGCACUGCCUGGUCUCGUCGACUACAGCAACGAACAAUUGUUCUUCUUGGGUUUCGCACAGGUCUGGUGCGGCAAUUAUACGAACGGAUCGUUAAAGUCCAAGGUAAUAGAAGGUGUCCACGCACCAAAUCACUUUCGAGUUAUCGGCACGCUGUCGAACAACGCGGAGUUCGCGAAGGCCUGGAAGUGCCCGCUCGGUAGUCCAAUGAACCCGUCGCACAAGUGCAUCUUGUGGUAGACAUCCUUCGUUUAUUAUUGCGAGCGGAACGCCGUUAACGACGCCUAGAAACUGUUAUCUCGCUUGGGCGUAAUCUCUCCCCGGUACAGAAGAAGACGUCGUCGGUGCAGUGAUAAGUCUAAGAAAAUUGUAAAUAGAUUGAUUUCUAAUUAUAGGAAUUAGCGAGUAAUUUAUUAAGCACUUAGGCGCCCUAUUCGUACUCGGUAAGCUUAUCAUGUAAAUAUCACACAGAUGAAAUAAUAACUUUUAUAAAAGAGA